AUGAAAUCGAAACGCAAUUGAAGCGAAAGAUCGAAUUUUCUUUUUGAGUGAAGAUCUGCAAAGAUGUACGAGUGGUACGCGUUCUUUCUACUGUCAAUCCUUCCUUUGACGAUGCUGGUACAGUUCUUUUGGUCCAGAAGAAAGUUACACGAGUGCGCCAGACAAUUCGACGGUCCUCCGGCUCUUCCGAUCAUCGGGAACGCUUUGAGCUUCAACUGCCACCACAUGAAAAUCUUCCAGAGGGUUCGAAAAAUCUUGAAUCGUUGGCCGCAACCGCCAAGAUUAUGGUUGGGACCGAGGCUCAUCCUGUUCUUCACAAACAUCAAACACGUAGAGAGGAUCAUGUCCUCCACGAAACUGGCCCACAAGAGCGACCUCUACUACAAAACGUUUUCGGAUUACACCGGGAACGGACUGAUCGUGUCUUCAGGAGCUAAAUGGAAGGAGGAUCGCAAACGGAUUCAGCCGAUGUUCAGCCUGAAGUAUUCCUUCUGCAAAAUCGAAAUGAUACACAGAUACGUGGACGUUUUGGUCUCCAAUUUGGAGAAUUUGGUGGACGGAGAUCUGCACGACAUCUAUCCGAUCUUCCACACCUGCUGCUUUGAUAUAAACGCCGAGAUCGUUUACGGCUUGCAACUGGAUAGUCAGCGCGGUAAUAACAUGGAUAUUUCGCACGCGAUCGAAAAGGCCUAUCAACUCGUGUACGAACGGAUGGUCAAACCAUGGUUGCUCUUCUCUCCGAUCUAUCAUUUCAGCCGCAACAAAGUUGAACGCGAUCGCGUUAAAAAGAUCAUGUGGGAUUUCGGCACGAAGGCUGUGGCAGCAUCGGACGAACGCUUGAAAAACUUGCAACACGACAAUUACCAUGAACAAAUGCCGAUCGUCGACCAAAUGAAUCAGAGCAUUGUCAAUGAUGGCAUGGUUACCAGCAGAGACGACAUGAUCUAUCAGUUGAUGACGCUUUUCACUGCGGCUGAAGAUACUAUGUCGAUAACGUCCAGUAUCCUUGUAGUCUGCUUCGGAAUGUACCAGGAGCACCAGGAGAUGGCGUUGAAGGAGAUCCACGAUAUCCUGGGUCCGGAACCGCGAGAUGUCACCGAAGAUGAACUGCGGGAUUUCAAGUACAUGGACAUGUGCAUCAAAGAGGCCGUGCGAUUGGCGACCAUCGCUCCGUUCAUCAUCAGAAAAUGCAUCGAAGAGAUGCAAAUCGGCGAAUACACGAUCGUUCCAGGAUCGGAAAUUUGCAUACCGAUAUUCGACAUCCAUCGGGAUCCCGAACACUGGGAGAACCCGGAACAUUUCCAUCCGGAUCACUUCUUGGAGGAGAACGUGAAGAAACGGAAUCCGUACGCUUAUUUGGCGUUCAGCGCUGGUCCGCGCUCGUGCAUCGGAAAGCACAUCGCUCUGGUCGCGUUGAAGACGAUCAUGAUCCGCCUCCUAACGAAAUUCAAAUUUUCCGCACCCGGAAAAAUGCCCGAUCUUAAGUUCCACGCCGACAUCUCCGUGAGGUUGCGUGACGGCUACAACGUGAAAAUCACC